AGAAAAGUUAACUGCAGCAUUUAUACUUUGAUCUCAAAUGAAGGACUACACAAUUGCAGUAUUGGGAUGUGGUGUCAUGGGCACGGCCGUGACGUCUGCCAUUUUGAGCACAUCAUUUGACGAAUACCCAUCCAAGAUUAUCUGCUGCAACAGCUCGGAAAAACUGUCGAAUGCCUUGAAAGCCAAGUUAACUCACCCGAUAGUUGAAUACUCAUUUGGAGCCGAGUCCAACAAAAACGCCGUUGAACAGGCCGACGUCAUUGUACUUGGUUGCAAGCCCUACAUGUAUAAGGAUGUGUACGAGCAGGUGAAAGGUGGUUUGUCUGGAGACCAAUUACUCAUUUCGUUGUUGGCUGGUAUCACCAUCGAGGAAUUACAAGUAUUCAGCCCGUAUGUGGCCAAGGUCAUGACCAACACGCCUGCGCAGUUUGGGUGUGGGAUGGCCACUAUUGCCUUUUCGUCCGAAGCUGAACCCAAAUAUGAGCAGUUGGUGAUGAAGCUCAUCUCUCCCGUGGGAAAGGCCAUCAAGAUCCCCGAAAAAAACAUGGACGCCGCCACCGCGUUGGUGGGGUCUGCGCCGGCCUUCUGCUUAUUGAUGAUGGAAGCCUUGAUCGACGGUGGGGUGAGAAUGGGGAUUCCCUAUGAUACUGCUAGACAGUGUGCUGCUAAAGUCAUGGAAGGAACCGGCAAAAUGGUGGACCAGACAGGUGACCAUCCUGCCGUGUUGAAAAGCAAGGUAUGUACUCCAGGAGGGACCACCAUUGGAGGGUUGUUGAAAUUGGAAGAUGCUGGUGUAAGAGGUGCGAUUGCUAGGGCCAUUGAAGAGGCUGCGAAUAUCUCCAAGUCCUUCAGUAAGAAGUAGUCAUAUAGUUUGUAUAUACAAGAUGUACGAGUUCAUGUAUCACUUUUGCUUGCUGUAGAUGCUCAAAAGUGCCUUGAGGUCUUCUGGGGUACAACUGAUGUUGUUUUUUCGUAACUCCACGUAGAAGUCCUUCAAAGCAUCAGACACUUUUUUAUCCAUUAAAAGCUUUGCCAACUGGAACAUGUUGGGCUCAACACCGGGCUUGACACCUUUGGCUUCAAACACCUCUUUCAAGUUUUUGGCACACUGUUUCAAUUUCGGACUGGACUCCAUGGCUUCAGCUAUAUUGCUUAGUGUUUGGUCGAGGUCGGAAGGGCUUGAAGCAUACGUUCUGAACGGCGUAAAAACGGCAGACAGAGCUCUCACAUAGACACCGGUUGUUUGACUCGCCCUGUACACGAGUCUUGCUCUGAUCCCAACUCUAACAACACUGCGUAACAUAUUCUAUUGAUAUUGCUUGU